UGGAAGAACACAGUGAGGUGCAAGUCCUCCUCCCUUUCCAACCUCACCAAACCAAAUCCAGGACGGCGCAGGGAUCUGUGUUUGUGUGUCUGUGCUGAGGCUAGGACUGUCACUCAUUCUCUGAUCAGCUUCUGAAAGCAGCUAGAGAGCAGCUGGCAAAAAACAAUUCUGAAAAAAAAAUUACAUUGCAUCUAAAUCUCUAUCUAAGCCACCCAAGCUCCUAUUGAAGGAAAAAUAUAUUUGCAAGAAACUUCCACCCCAACAGCAGAUUACAAUGCUGCAUUCUAAGGAUCUCAUCUGGACUCUGUUUUUCCUUGGAGCUGCAGUGUCUCUACAAGUGGAUAUUGUUCCAAGUCAGGUGGAGAUCAGCGUUGGAGAAUCCAAAUUCUUCUUAUGUCAAGUGACUGGAGAAGCCAAAGCCAAAGACAUUUCCUGGUUCUCCCCCAAUGGCGAGAAGCUGACGCCCAACCAACAGCGCAUCUCGGUGGUGCGGAACGAUGACUUGUCCUCCACCCUCACCAUUUACAGCGCCAACAUCGACGACGCUGGCAUCUACAAGUGUGUCGUCACCAGUGAGGAGGAGGGCGACUCUGAGGCCACCGUCAACGUGAAAAUCUUCCAGAAGCUGAUGUUCAGGAAUGCUCCCACCCCUCAGGAGUUCCAGGAUGGGGAAGAUGCUGUGAUUGUGUGCGAUGUGCUCAGCUCGUUGCCUCCCACCAUUAUGUGGAAGCAUAAGGACAGGGACGUUGGCCUGAAAAAAGAUGUCCGAUUUAGCGUCUUGCCCAGCAACUUCCUGCAAAUCCGGGGAAUCAAGAAAACGGAUGAGGGGACGUACCGCUGUGAGGGCAGAAUCCUGGCUCGUGGGGAGGUCAAUUUCAAGGAUAUUCAGGUCAUCGUGAAUGUGCCUCCUUCCGUCCGUGCCAGGCAGAACACCGUGAAUGCUACGGCCAAUCUCAGCGAGUCUGUCACCUUAGUGUGCGAUGCUGAUGGCUUUCCUGAGCCAGCCAUGAGCUGGAUGAAGGAUGGGGACUUGAUAGAACGGGGGGACGAUGACGAGAAAUACGACUUCAGCUACGAUGGCUCUGAGCUGACCAUCAAGAAGGUAGAGAAGAGUGACGAGGCGGAGUACAUCUGCACCGCUGAGAACAAGGCCGGAAAGCAGAGUGCCAUCAUCCACCUCAAAGUCUUCGCAAAACCCAAAAUCACUUACGUGGAGAACAAAACUGCCAUGGAACUGGAGGACCAGAUCACGCUGACCUGCGAGGCUUCCGGGGACCCAAUCCCCUCCAUCACCUGGAGAACCUCCACCCGGAACAUCAGCAACGAAGAGAAGACCCUGGAUGGGCGCAUAGUGGUACGCAGCCAUGCCCGAGUGUCCUCCCUGACGCUCAAGGACAUUCAGUACACGGACGCUGGAGAAUACGUGUGCACGGCCAGCAACACCAUCGGGCAAGACUCCCAGGCCAUGUACCUUGAAGUGCAAUAUGCCCCCAAGCUGCAGGGCCCUGUGGCAGUCUACACCUGGGAGGGGAAUCAAGUGAACAUCACGUGUGAGGUGUUUGCUUAUCCCAGUGCUGUCAUCUCCUGGUUCCGGGAUGGACAGCUGCUACCAAGCUCCAACUACAGUAACAUCAAGAUCUACAACACCCCAUCAGCCAGUUACCUGGAGGUGACCCCGGAUUCCGAGAAUGACUUUGGGAACUAUAACUGCACCGCAGUGAAUCGCAUCGGCCAGGAAUCCUCUGAAUUCAUCCUUGUGCAAGCAGAUACUCCGUCCUCUCCUUCCAUUGACAGAGUGGAGCCUUAUUCCAGCACUGCCCAGGUGGAGUUCGAUGAGCCGGAGGCCACCGGUGGGGUGCCCAUCCUCAAGUACAAGGCAGAAUGGAGAGCACUGGGCGAGGAGGAUUGGCAUUCCAGGUGGUAUGAUGCCAAAGAAGCAAACAUGGAGGGCAUUAUCACCAUCAUGGGCCUGAAGCCAGAGACAGCCUACGUCAUCAGACUGUCAGCCAUCAAUGGCAAGGGCCUGGGAGAGAUCAGUGCGGUGUCUCAGUUCAAGACCCAGCCAGUUCGGGAACCCAGCGCACCCAAACUGGAGGGCCAGAUUGGAGAAGACGGGAACUCCAUUAAAGUGAACCUUAUCAAGCAGGAUGAUGGAGGCUCCCCAAUCAGACACUAUCUGAUCAAAUACAAAGCUCAGUCCUCAGACUGGAAACCAGAGAUCAGACUCCCCUCUGGCAGUGACCACGUCAUGCUUAAGUCCCUAGAGUGGAAUGCAGAGUAUGAGGUCUACGUAAUAGCUGAGAACCAGCAAGGGAAAUCCAAGCCUGCACACUAUGCUUUCAGGACUUCAGCUCAGCCUACUGUAAUCCCAGCCAGCACUAGCCCCACGUCAGGCCUGGGGACCGCUGCCAUCGUGGGCAUUCUCAUUGUCAUCUUUGUGCUGCUCCUGGUGGCUGUGGACAUCACCUGCUACUUCCUGAACAAGUGCGGCCUGCUGAUGUGCAUCGCGGUCAACCUGUGCGGCAAAUCUGGGCCCGGGGCCAAGGGCAAAGACAUGGAGGAGGGCAAAGCUGCCUUCUCAAAAGACGAGUCAAAAGAGCCCAUCGUGGAGGUACGGACUGAGGAGGAGCGGACCCCGAACCACGAUGGAGGCAAACACACAGAGCCCAACGAGACCACGCCGCUGACAGAGCCUGAGCACCCAGCUGAUACUACAGCUACAGUGGAGGACAUGCUGCCUUCCGUAACCACGGGCACCACUAAUUCUGACACUAUCACCGAAACCUUUGCCACUGCUCAGAACAGCCCGACCAGCGAGACCACCACCCUGACUUCCAGUAUUGCCCUGCCAGCCACAGCUAUCCCUGACUCAAACUCCGUGCCGCCCAGCCAGGCCACUCCGGCCAAAGGGGCAGCCACCUCAGCUUCCUCACCACUGUCCUCCUCGGCCCCCAAAGUCGCCCCCCUGGUUGACCUCAGCGACACCCCAACAUCUACUCCGGCCACUAGUAAUUUGUCUUCGAGUGUCCUGGCCAACCAAGGGGCAGUGCUCAGUCCCAGCAAUGCCACCAGCAUGGCUGAGGCCUCAAAGGCGCCAGCUGGUAGCAAGCCAUCUGCCCCAGCCCCUGCAAAUCCUGCUAGCCCUCCAGCUUCUUCAGAGCCCAAGCAGGAGGUGUCAAGCACCAAAAGCCCAGAAAAGGAAGCUGCACAACCCAGCAUGGUGAAGAGUCCAACAGAAACAGCCAAGAACCCAACUAACCUGAAGAGCGAGGCUGCCUCAGGCAGCACCACAAACCCCUCCCAGAACGAGGACUUUAAAAUGGACGAAGGGACCUUCAAGACCCCAGACAUUGACCUUGCAAAGGAUGUUUUUGCAGCUCUUGGCACUACUGCUCCUGCCAGUGUGGCUAGUGGGCAAGCUCGCGAGCUUGCUGCUCCCACUGUAGACAGCUCUGUACCGCUGGCACCGGCAAAGACCGAGAAAACCCCUGUAGAAGAAAAAUCUGAGGUGCAAGCAACGGAACCGAAGACACCUCCAGCAGAAGUCAAGACGGUCCCCAACGAAGCCACACAAACAAAUGAAAACGAGAGCAAAGCAUGAUCAGCAGCAGCAAAGAAGAAAAAUGACAGAACAACUUCACCUGAGCAUUUAAAACACAACACACAUCUCAUUCCUCUAGUGUCUUUUGCCUUUAAAAGAAAAACAGACAAAAUGAAAGAAUGCAUACAUGGGGUUCUCUUUUUUUUUCUUCGUAGGUUUGUAGGAAGGUUCUAUUUGUUGUGCACUUGCUUUUAAGGAAAAAUAAAAUCCGUUUUUUUAAAAAAUGGUUGAUCCCGCAACCAGAUCAGGGCUUAAUGAGCCCUGCAUAUAUUCAAACAAAAAAGGUCACAAACAUCAAUUGCAAAUACGGUUACGAAGCUCAAAACCAACUAGAUUUAGGGGUGGGUGGGAAAUUAACCCUGACUUUUCUUUGGUUAGCCUAACAGAGUAAACAGCUGUACCAUCAGGUACAGCCAGUACUGAAUGAACAAAGUCCACAAUUUAUUUUUAUACUUUUCGGUCGAGUUUGAAAUAUGUAAAGCCUCGUAAAUAAGUUAACGUUUCUGUUCACUUUGUAUUUGUUCAGUAGGCAAAGUAUCUCUCGCCCUUUGUGACUGAAUCCAAUCUUCAGCUUAGGCAGUUAUUUGGGGGGGUUAUUAUUAUUGUUAUUUUUAGGAAGAAUGCCAAAAUUGCAGCUUCGGGGAUAUAUUUCAAUUUGCAGUAUUCAGACUUCUACAUUUUUUUUUUAAUUUUAUUUUAAAUCUUUUUGCCAACUUUUGUUUUUUCCAGUGUUUACAGUCGACAAAUGUUUUUUUUUACUUUUGUUGUGUUUAAAUGUAAGUGUAAAAUAGCUGCCUUUUUUUAAGUAAAUACAGUCUAUAGAUAUUAGAUUUACUAGCAUGCUUGCUUUGCAAAGGGAGACAUUUUAAAAUAUGGAUGUUUACAAUAGUUGUUUCCCCUUUAUCUUUUUUAAUUAUUAUUAUUAUUAUUAUUAUUAUUAUUUCUUACUGGAGUAAGAAGAUAAGUGACACCGUUCAUUUUACUUUUGGUGAGUGGACAACUUGUCACCAACCAACGUCUGUGUCUAGCAAUGCAUUUAAGUGCAUUAACAUUAAGCAUGGGCCUAGUAAAUGGAAAUACUGGUAUGCUUAAAGUUAAGCAUUCAUUCAAGUCCUUUGCUGGACCAAGGACCAACUGCAUAAGAGAAAUAUGUUCUCUGCUUUUCUUAGACAUUCUCCCCUGUUCCUUCCAGGAGUCCUCCCUCAGCUGUGAGAAGCAAAAGGGAGUUUGUACAGUCAGGGCUGGUCUAGUCUCGGUGAAUAGAUAUUUGAAUAAACCAGUUCCCCCUCUUUAGGAAAUAAAUAAGUA